CUUAUGUCUUUAUAACAGGACGGUGUGAGCCUCCAAACCGAUUAAGUGAAGUAUCUGAUCCAUUCGCAGCCUCUGUGAAUCCGACACUUGCAUCAUUCGAAGAUGCCAUCUGCCCCUCACCCGCUCGACCCUCUCACGCCAGAGGAGAUUUCGAAGGCAGCCGAAGUGGUCCGGCCAUUGUUUCGAGGUCAGAAGCUAAAUUUCAGGGUCAUUGCUUUGAGAGAACCUCCGAAAGAUGAGCUGAUCAAGUACCUUGACGCGGAGCAUCGAGCAGAUCACGCACUGCCGAAUCUCAGUCGAUGUGCUCGCGUGGAAGUACUCGUCGAGUUUGGCAAGGGCACGAAUGAUUUGAUGGAACUCAUUGUUGCUAUCGAUCAGGAUGCCGUCAUCGAGCAACAGUAUCUUGCAGGCAAGCAUUCGUACAUUGACUCGGCGUAUAUGAAAGAGGUCGAAGAAGCUUGCUUGGCCAGUACAAUAGUGCAGGCCGAGAUCAAGACGCUUGAUCUACCGGAAGGUGCGACCGUGAUUGUUGAGCCAUGGGCGUAUGCUACCGAUGGUUCAAAUGACAUGUCUCGCCGCAUUUCGAUGUGUUGGUUCUACCUCCGUCUCAUGUCGCACCCAGACGCAAACUACUACGCGUACCCACUCGACAUCUGCGCCGAGGUCUCGGAAGAUCUGGAAGUCACGAAAGUGUACCGCCUGCCUUCCUCAGCGAACGAUCAAAUUCACAGCGAGAUACGCACUUUCGAUCGCCGGAAGAUGCAUGCAACUGAGGCAAGCGAGUAUCAUCCUGAUCUACGACCGGACCCACGUACUACAACGAAACCUUACCAGGUCGUCCAGCCAGAGGGUCCAUCCUUCCAGAUCGACGGCCAGAAGGUCGGCUGGGAGAAAUGGACGUUCAGAGUAGGGUUCAACUAUCGCGAAGGUCUCACCUUGCACGAUAUCCGAUACGACGGACGAAGUCUGUUCUAUCGACUGUCGUUGGCUGAGAUGUUUGUGCCUUAUGGCGAUCCGAGAGCUCCAUAUCCUAGAAAGGGAGCGUUUGAUUUGGGCAACGACGGAGCCGGUAUCAACGCAAACAAUCUGCAGUUGGGUUGCGACUGCCUUGGCACCAUCAAGUACUUUGACGGCUGGCACAACACCGGAUCCGGUCUGCCACUCAAGCUGCCCAACGUAGUCUGCCUUCACGAACAAGACGACGGCAUCCUCUGGAAGCACACCAACUUCCGCACCGGUCAUGCAAUAGUGACUCGUUCGCGCAUCCUGGUCUUGCAGACAAUCAUCACUGUCAGCAACUACGAGUACAUCUUCGCGUUCCACUUUGGGCAAGAUGCUUCAAUCCAUUAUGAAGUCCGCGCAACCGGCAUCCUAUCAACUGUUCCCAUCGCCCUCGGUGAUGCAAAGCCACCUUUUGGUACCAUCGUGGGUCCGGGUGUGCUCGCACCGUAUCAUCAGCACCUGUUCUGCUUGCGCAUCGACCCUGCCGUUGACGGACACAAUAACUCGGUCGUGAUUGAGGAGUCACACGCAAUGCCGAUGGACGAGCUAGAUGUCCACAAUCCCUUCGGCGUUGGUUACGAGACUCGCACCAGCUACAUCGAACGCGAAGGCGGGUUCGAUCUCGACGUCACAAAGAAUCGUGUGUUCAAGAUUGUCAACGAGGCGAAAGUCAACACCAUGACACAAACGCCAGUAGGCUUCAAGCUGCUACCAUCGUACAGCCAGAUGCUACUCGCUCACCCAUCGUCUUUUCAUGCCAGGCGCUCCGAGUACGGACAGCACGCUGUGUGGGUGACCAAGUACCGCGAAGGCGAGAUGUUCCCGUCCGGGAGGUACACGAUGCAGUCCAUGGGCGGCGAAGGGAUUGCAAGUGCGAUUGAGAAAAGAGCUGGCGAUGACGAGGAAGCAAAGGUGCGGAACGGGGAUGUCGUGGUCUGGCAUACGUUUGGGUCGACACAUAAUCCGAGAAUCGAGGAUUGGCCGGUCAUGCCGUGCGAGAAGAUGACAGUAGGGCUAAAACCGGUGAAUUUCUUCACUGGGAAUCCGGGAUUGGAUGUCGCGCCAAGCACGCAGGAGGUGAAUGAGAGUGUGCUGUACGAUGGGGAUGCAAGCAACACUCAGAAGUGCUGCCAGGUUGCGGAGUAGUAGAUGUAGAUCCUGGCGCAGUUCCUGCUGCCUGCAGUAUGUACGGGAAGUAGACAGUACUUGGCAGUAGGUGAUGACCGCAGACUGACAGUGAUACCGUGUCGAGCUAUGUCAAGUUCCAAGGCGGCCAGGCAAGAGUCGCUCAUUAGCGCGU